UACAAAGCAGGCAAACGCUUCACCAGAGGGAAGUGUCAGAUUCCGCUCCUUGGGCUGUGGGUUGUCACUGUCGAAUAAUAUGACCGUUUUGCCAUCUCUCUGCAAAUAAGACAGAAGCUGCUACCUGAUUGGUAUAACAUCUCACUUUCCCUCUGCAUUGAUUUUCUUGUUCUCCUCCUUUGCUUCAUAAAAAGAGGGACAAGUGGCUGGUGCUGUGGACAGAGAAGCUUUAUUUUUAGUAUGAGACAGCCUCUAUUUUCUUUCAGGAGAGGGAAGUUGAAUUAUCAAUUCUUUUGUAAAUGUGUAUGGUGAUAUUUGCUCCGCUUUUUGCCAUCUUUGCAUUUGCAACAUGCGGUGGCUAUUCAGGAGGCCUGAGGCUGAGUGUGGACUGCGUCAACAAGACAGAAAGUAACCUCAGCAUUGACAUAGCGUUUGCCUACCCAUUCAGGUUGCACCAGGUGACGUUUGAAGUGCCGACCUGCGAAGGGAAGGAGCGACAGAAGCUGGCCUUGGUCGGGGACUUCUCCUCUUCGGCUGAAUUCUUCGUCACCGUCGCUGUCUUCGCCUUCCUCUACUCAUUGGCCGCCACCGUCGUCUACAUCUUCUUCCAGAACAAGUACCGAGAGAACAACAGGGGUCCACUCAUCGACUUCGUUGUCACAGUGGUCUUCUCAUUCUUGUGGUUGGUGGGCUCAUCUGCUUGGGCGAAAGGACUGUCUGAUGUCAAAGUUGCUACGGAUCCCAACGAAGUGCUGUUACUGAUGUCAGCUUGCAAGCAGCCAGCCAACAAGUGCAUGGCUGUGCACAGCCCUGUUAUGUCCAGCUUAAACACUUCGGUGGUCUUUGGAUUCUUGAACUUUAUUCUCUGGGCUGGAAACAUAUGGUUUGUGUUCAAGGAAACUGGCUGGCACUCAUCGAGCCAGAGAUAUCUUCCCGACCCCAUGGAGAAGCACUCAAGUAGCUACAACCAAGGUGGUUACAACCAAGACAACUAUGGAUCGAGCGGUGGGUACAGCCAGCAGGCGAGUGCAGGGCCAACCUCAGAGGAGUUUGGCCAACAGCCCAGUGGGCCCACUUCCUUCACCAAUCAGAUUUAAGAGGGUAGCAUUGGCAUUCUUCUGGAGAUAGCUCCACCACCUUCCAUUUCGGUGGCAGAAUUUUUACAAGAGUUUAAAUCAGUUGUUAAUGCAGAGAGUGCUGAAUGUUAAUCAGAACAGUCUGGUCCUCAUUAAGGCAGAAGGCCAGGGUCAUGAUAAAUGGUACUUAGAUAUGACACAGCAUGAGAAGAUACAGUAUUCGUCAUAGAUGCCUACCUGGCAAGUACCGUGUUAUAUUGCAGCCACAUUUAUGGUCCUUUUGUGUACGGGUUGAAGCAGUAGAAGCAUGUUGCAGCUGGAAGUCUCCAGUGCAUGUAAUAUGCACAGGUAAACUAGGUAGCACUGAGUUUUCCUGUGUACUUUGAUGUGAAAGAAGUUUUAGUGAUUUCUCUAAGACAAUUUGGUGUAUUACAAUAUGCAUGUAUAACUAUUCUUUUUUAAUUUUAGGCCCUAUAGACAGUGAGUUACUAAGUAUUUUUUGCAGACAACUACUGUGUAUUUUGUUUUUUAACUUGAUGAAUCAGUACUCAUAGGAUUUAGUGCAUGAAUAAGCAUUUUCUCAGAAAAUGAAUAUUUGGACUGUACUUCUGAAAAUUUUCCAGUUUGCAUAAUGAAUUUGGCAAAUGGACAUUUAAGAAACAUAUUCAAUACUUUGUAUACUUUGCAAAUUUGUCUAUCUGGUUUUACCUAAGUCUGAAUGCAUUGUAGCAAGGUAUUCUUUACCCUACUAAUAGAUUUUCAGUAUUAUAUAUGAUAAGCUACCCAAUAUUUAUUCUAUUUAUUUAAUGAAGUAUUUACAUUCUUGCAACUUUCUAUGGUGUUUUGUGAUGCUUUCCCUGUGGGUCACAAAUAAUAAGACCCCAAACUGUAUUGAAUUUAUUGAUGGUUGUUUUCUUAGAAUAGUGGAAAUGCCGGUGUCAGGCCCUGUAUUCAAAGAGCUUUCCUAUUCAAGUAACCACUUAUAGAAGCUAGUCUAUGAAUCCUUCAUGAUCAGUUCCACUUCUAAAUCCUAUUUCUUAACAGUAACCACAUGUUCUCUAUCCAAUUAUGAAAAACUUCAUGUCACAGCUAAUGAACAGAUUAUUAAUUCUGAUCUGAGUGUUGCCCAUAAAUUUAAAACGGCUUCCAUAUGCCACAGAGGUUUCUAAUGAAAUAUUUCCCCAGAAUGCAUCCAUUAUCAAGAAAAUGCCAAUCUUGGCCUUUGUUCUAACUCAUUGAAGACACCAGGGCCCAUCAGUGAGGGCAAACUGAGCAUCUGUAUUUCCAGAUUAAAUUCAUUGUCAAUGUAGAAGCACAUUGUGUGAUCUGUAUUGUUGGAAGCGCUUUAACAUAAAAGCAGCCUGUGUCUUCGAUGCUAUCUGUAACUGGUUUCUGAAUCCCGUUGAGUAAAUCUGUAUUGUGAUAUCUACUGGACGUGAAUAAAGUUAUUGCAUACAAAGCUGAA